CUAGCACAUACCAUUCAAAGACACUCAACCUACCAACACCUGUCUCUACCAGAUUGUUCAACGGUUGAAUACUACAAGUCACAGCACGAACAUAUACAAGUCCUUGCUCAGAACUCGACAACCUCAAACAACAGACUCAACUAAAGCCCACCGUCAUGACAUCUCAAGGUGUGACCGUAGGACACAGUACCACUCCAACCCCUGACAUGAAGAACUUCAUGUCUUGUUUCCGGACCAACAGCCUCACAUCGAAUCCUUCCGCACCGACACCAAGCAACCCCUACUGCUACGACUCGAGUCCUUUCUGGCAGCCCAUGGGGUUCCCCGAGUUGAACUUGGACUUUAUCGAAGAUCUCAACGAGACCGACCUGGGGCCUCUCUCUGCUACAAACUACACCAACUUCCCGACGCUCUCGGACCUGGUGGCUGCAGGUCCCUCCUUGACGCACAUCAGACGUACGGACAGCACAGGCAGCUCAGUAUCGGAUUCCACGAUACUGCCACCAUCGGACGUUACUGGGCCUCCCACAUGCAAGACGGAUUCCGAGUCCGAGGGUGCCGGUCACUCCGAGCACUGUGAUCGCCAUUGCCACGUACACAAGACAUGUGGCUUAUGCGAGCGCAAUAAGAUUGAGAAACGAAAGGAGCAAAACCGCAAAGCACAACGAAACCAUCGAAUGCGUAACGAGGCAAGACUAGAGCAACUCCGGUCCAAGGUCAUGGAGCAGACCCAGGAAAUUGACAGCCUCAAAGAACUCAACCAACGACUAAUCAAGCAAAUCGAACAUCUCAGCGGCAGUCCCGGGGUCGAGGGGUAA